AAAAUCAUAACGGGAGUUGAGUCGAAGUAGUCUUUAAUACAAUAAACUGCAAGAAUUUCAAAUUAACGUGCAUAAAUUUUAACGUGCGUUUAUAUCCUGCCAAGUGAGUAUACAAUCACUUCCUUUCGGGCCGAUCCACGAAUGAACGUGGGGCUAUCCCUUCCGCGUUCGUAGCGUCGAGAGUGAGAUUUGAAUUGGCUGAAUUCAACUAACAAUAAUCAUCGACCGGAAAAUAGAAAACUGCGUGAAAGCCUCUUUCAGAGAACGAGCUAUUUCGAAUCUAUGACGCGUGCGCUGACGUGUUCGUCAGAUCGCGCGGCAGACGCUUGUCAACGAGGCUCACUUUUUCAUUUUGCGUCUGAUUAAUCGACACGAGAGUGAAAGCAUUCAAGCGAGAGGACGAGGACGUCUAUUGCCCGUAUGAUUAACGUGGGAGGCGAGCCUCGCUGAGCCUGGCGGCACGUCGGACCACGAUUAACGCGAUUGACGAAUCGAAGAUGGAACGUAUUGUAGCGGCGCGACAGCCCCUGUGAACAACGUUCGUGGCACGCAGUUGCACGUGUAUGCGUCGACACUGGACAUGAGAUUCAACGACAGGGAGCUCGCGGAAGCGAGCUUUGGACCCGCAGACCUGGAGGGACGCCUAAACCACAAACGGGCACCUAAGUCAGUGUUCAAAGAGAAAUGGUUCAAGCUACGGUACAAUCUACUCUUUUACUUCAACAUCAAUGACUUGGGGCACAUCGAUACGAGGCAACCUGCUGGAGUUAUCAUUCUAGAGAAUUGCAAUAUCAAUAUAGAUAAUUCAUCUGAAGGGGCAUUCGCAUUCAGCAUCUCAUUCCGCGACGAGCUGGACAAAAGGCAUGUACUGAGCGGUCGAUCAGAGUCUCAGGUGGAGCAGUGGAUAAGUGCCCUUAAGCAGGCGAGCUAUGGAUACUGGAGAUCUCGCCUGAUCAUGCUUCAAGAGAGAUUGUGUCAAAAAACAGGGAAAGACCCUUUGCUUAUGUAUCCUAGGAAUCAGGGUGUAGUGCGAGAUGAAGCUUGGGAACCUGCCAGCUUCAGAUCUCAUGUACGUUCAUUCACAACGUCGGUCGCACCUACAUUGAAUACAAUAACUAGGGAAGUUAAUCUCAUAGACCUUUAAUGCGGAAAGAAUAAUUUUAGACUAAUUAAAUUGAAGUGUAAUUUUAUAAACCAGUGGCCUCACAAAACUUAUAUUUUGAAGAAAUGCAUAGUCAAGAGUUUUGCGUAAAACUGCCACAAGCAAGCUAGUUUUAAAAUGCAAGCCAUUAAGUAUGUACGAGCUUUAAUAAUUUAUAUAUUUUAUAAGUAAGAUACUAUAUGUAUAGAAUCAUACAUAUAAGACAAAAUAUAGAAGAAAAAUAAAAUAUAGUCAGAUGGAGUAAUUUAAAUGAUAAUGAUUUUGUUUACUAUAAGAAAGUUUAUAUUUAAAGUAGAAAAGAGAUUGAAAACGAUUCUUGAAAAGUUUUUUUAAGACAAAGCUUAAUACAAAAAAAAAAAAAAAACAUGAAGUAUGACAAUAGCGAGAUAGUAUGAAUGUAAAAUAUGUACAACGAUAAUAACUUGGAUUAAUUUAUAAUAUAAAACAAGUUCUAUAAGUAUUAAUGUAUGCUUUGUAAUAUUUUGAUGACUAUGUUAAUGUUCAACUAAAGAUACAUAUUAGGUAUAAUUUGUAUUAUAAGACAAAUUUGUGAUUAUUUAUUUGCCACUUAUUUCUCCAUCUGCAUGUAAAUUUGAUAAAGUAUUCAUUCAUUAAUACUCAAUUCUAUUUUUAACAAAUUUAUGUAACAUAAUAACAUUGAUUGGAAAGCUUUUAGUGGAAAAAAAUAAAGGUAUUUUUAUAAUUUCUGCA